CCUCCAAUUCCCACGCUCCCCUUUCUCUCUCCCUCUCUGCCACUUCAUCUCCUUUCCGAUUCCGUUCACUCUCGUAUCCGAAUCGUUCCUUCCUCAAUCUCCAGCUUCCAAAUCCAUCAACAAUUUGAUGCUAUGAAGGAACUUACCGGAUCGUCUAUUUCGGCAUUGGAAGAUUUCCACUGAAUCUUUCUUUUUGUUUGUAUAAGCUAUGGGAAUAUCUUCCGAUAACGUCCAUGGUUUCAUUCUCGCCGUCUCUUCGAGUAUCUUCAUCGGUAGUAGCUUCAUUAUCAAGAAGAAAGGUCUUAUGAAAGCCGGUGCUGUUGGAAACAGAGCAGGUUCAGGAGGAUAUUCGUACUUGUAUGAACCUAUGUGGUGGGCUGGAAUGAUCAGUAUGAUUGUUGGAGAGAUUGCUAAUUUCGCUGCUUAUGCAUAUGCUCCUGCAAUUCUCGUAACUCCUUUGGGAGCUUUGAGUAUAAUUUUCAGUGCAGUACUCGCUCAUUUCAUUCUGGAGGAAAAGCUACAUAUCUUUGGAAUGCUAGGGUGUGUUCUUUGUGUGGUGGGAUCUACAACUAUUGUUUUGCAUGCUCCACAGGAGAGAAAUAUUGAGUCUGUCAAGGAAGUUUGGAUGCUUGCUACAGAGCCAGGUUUUCUAGUAUACUCCAUCAUAGUUUUGGUUCUAAUUGUGGUUCUUGUUCGAUACGCGCCAAAAUAUGGACAAACGCACAUGGUUGUUUAUGUUGGAAUUUGUUCUCUCAUGGGUUCUCUUACGGUUAUGAGCGUCAAAGCAGUUGGAAUUGCACUCAAGCUGACAUUUUCAGGAAUGAAUCAGUUUAAGUACUUUGAGACGUGGUUUUUUACGGCCAUUGUGCUAGGAGGAAGCAUUUUGCAGGUGAACUACUUAAACAAGGCGCUGGAUACCUUUAACACUGCUGUAGUAUCUCCUGUUUACUAUGUGAUGUUCACAUCACUCACCAUUCUUGCCAGUAUGAUCAUGUUUAAGGAAUGGGAUUCACAAAAUGCAUCACAAAUCGCAACCGAAUUAUGCGGUUUUGUUACCAUUCUUUCUGGAACUUUUCUCCUACAUAAAACCAGGGACAUGGGGAGUUCUCCCUCCUCCUCCUCCUCCUCCUCCACCUCCUCCGAGGUCCCCAUUGUCUCUAGGUCCCCCAAAUGACUUAUUAUUAGUACAACCACAAAUUCUAACUACCUAGCACCAGAAUAAACAAAACUUAAAAGCAGAUGAUCACAGGCCACUCUCAGUCCAGGAACCAUGGCGAGGG